UUUAGGAUACAGUGACAGGAGGAACCGACACUACGGCUAUAACACUUGAAUGGGCAAUGGCCGAACUUAUGAAUAACCCGGAUGCAAUGAGCAGGGCGCAGAAAGAAUUAUCGGAAGUAGUGGGAUUGAACGACAUUGUUGAAGAGCUUCACAUUCCAAAAUUGAAAUAUUUGGAAGCAGUUAUAAAAGAAACAAUGAGGUUACAUCCAGCAAUACCUCUCUUGAUUCCAAGGUCUACUUCGCAAUCUUCCACCGUCGGAGGAUAUACAAUCCCGAAGGGUACUACGGUCUUUAUAAAUGUUCGGUCUAUCCAAAGAGAUCCUUCGAUUUGGGACAAGCCAUUGGAAUUUCGGCCGGAGAGAUUUCUUGACGACACGAUUGAGAAAUGUGAUUAUAGAGGUAACUAUUUUCAUUAUCUACCGUUUGGAUCGGGAAGAAGGAUUUGUGCCGGGAUGCCCCUUGCGGAGAGAAUGCUGAUGUAUUUGCUGGCUUCAUUUUUGCAUUCCUUCGAUUGGAAAUUAGGACAAGGGGAAAUACUUGAUAUGUCGGAGGCGUUUGGGAUUGUCCUAAGGAAAGGUACACCGUUGAUUGGUGUUCCAAGUCCUCGGUUAUCUGUUUCAGACCUAUAUGAUUAGUCACACGUACGUUGGUUAGGAGUAAUAAUUGUUGCGG